AUGGCUACUAUCCAGCUCAAGUCAGACGCUAUUUUUGAGCUUUUGCAGCGGUUUCUUGAGACAGACGAGGGUAUUGCUGUCAAAAACAAGAUUAACCUUGUAUAUCAAUUCAAUCUUGCCCCCGAGAAAAUUGGGAAGGAUGAGGUGAGUUAUACUAUUGAUCUCAAGAAAGGCGAGGUUAUCAAAGGGCCAUACCAAGGAGGGAAGACUGAUGCAACAUUUACCUUGAGGGAUGAAGAUUUUGUGAAGCUUGCUGAUGGAAAGUUGAAUCCCCAGGGGGUUUUGAAGGUCAAGGGCAGUUUGAGUGCUGCGCAGAAAUUCACUCCUGACAUCUUCCCCAAGCGUCCUAAGCUGUGA